AUGCAGCAGCCUGGGCCACCACCACCUGGUGGUCCCAGCACCAGCAGCAGACAGCAGAACAAGGUCUUCGUCGGAGGACUCUCAUGGGAGACCACGGAUGAGAAGCUCGCAACAUACUUUGGCAAUUUUGGGGAGGUUACAGAGGCUUUCGUCAGCUUUGACCGCAACACCGGGCGGCCGCGCGGUUUCGGGUUUGUGUGCUUUGCGGACCCGGCUGUGGUGGACAAGGUCGUCGCGCAGGGAAAGCACCACAUCGACCGGCGGGAGGUGGAAGCAAAAAAGGCCGUCCCCAAGGAGGAGACCCCCGCCCCCGCCGCGCCCCCCGGCGACGCGGCCGCCCAGAAGACCCGCAAGAUCUUUGUGGGCGGCCUCGCGGCCUCUGUCGACGACGCGGCGCUGCGGGCCUACUUUGAGCGCUUUGGCGGCGUGGAGGAUGCCGUCGUGAUAUGCCGCCCGCGCGGCGCGGGCCCGGCGGCACCGGCGGGGGCCAGGGCGCGGGCGGCGGCGGCGGCGGCGGCGGCGGUGCGGGGCCGGUGA